UGAUAUAUUACUUUAUAAAAUCUUUAUAAAUAACUAAUAAAAUGACUGCAUGCAUCGUGUAAAAUGCAGAGACCGGGUCAUCCUUCUUUUAAAAAAACCGCCAGCCUCGAGCUGUCCCCUACUGAGAAUCAUAAAGCCGCGCGCUGCUGCGACUGCGAGGUGUCAACCCCCACAAGCCACAAGCCACAAGCCAUGGCCACCACCAAGAUGUGCAAGCGGCCGAGCGCUGCCUGGCUGUUCCUCUUCGGAGCUGGGAUGGACAUGGGCAGUGAUCCCCUCUUCUUCCCCCGUGGGCCUCUCUGCCCGGCGCUACGACUCCAUCUUCAGCUUCGGCGACUCCUUCUCCGACACCGGCAACAACCCCGUCGUGUUCGCCGCCAGCUCCGUCUUCGACCCCGUCACGCGCCCGCCCUACGGCUCCACCUACUUCGGCCGCCCCACCGGCCGCAAGUCCGACGGCCGCCUCAUCAUCGACUUCAUCGCUCAACGCCUCGGCCUGCCGCUCGUCCCGCCGUCCCUGGCGCACAACGGGAGCUUCCGCCGAGGCGCCAACUUCGCCGUCGGGAGUGCCACCGCUCUCGACGCCGCUUUCUUCCACGGUGGCAAGUUCCCUCUUAACGUCAGCUUGGGCGUACAGCUGCAGUGGUUCGAGUCGCUCAAGCCUUCUCUCUGCCGCACAACCAAAGAGUGCAAGGCCUUCUUCGGCAGAUCCCUCUUCUUUGUGGGCGAAUUCGGGGUCAACGACUACGACUUCUGUUUCCUCACCAAGAGCGUGCAAGAGAUCAUGCCGCUCGUUCCAGAUGUCAUCAGGACCAUCUCAACGGCCAUCGAGAGGCUGAUCAAGCACGGGGCGACAAAUUUCGUGGUUCCGGGGACAAUCCCAUCGGGAUGCGCACCGCCGGUUCUAGCCUUGUUCCCCGAUGCCGCCCCGGCAGAAUACAACUCCACCACCGGUUGCCUGGAAGAUAUCAACAAGCUAGGGAUGCACCACAACCUGCUGCUGCAGGAUGCCCUUGACAAGCUCCGGGGCAGGCACCCGGAGGCCAUGAUCGUUUACGCCGACCUCUUCGGUCCAAUCAUGGACAUGGUGGAGUCACCUGGCAAGUAUGGGUUUGAAGAAGAUGUUCUUACCAUCUGUUGCGGAGGGCCUGGGACACUUUUCUGCGGUGAUGAAGGUGCAAACUUAUGUGAGAAGCCGGCUGCUCGUCUGUUCUGGGACGGCGUCCACUUGACGGAAGCGGCUUACCGCUACAUCGCCGAUGUCUGGCUGGACAGCAUAGACUCCCCUGCAAGAGAGAGCAGGUAUCAGUUAGUCAGGUAGCAGAAGCUGCUCUAAUUCAUGGACUGAUGGCAAUGCGGAGUCUGGCCUGUCCUACUCUAUCAAGGACUUUCUGGACCAAAAAGCACUGGACGCAACUGAAGGCUGACACUGCGAAUGAAAUGGGAGCAUGGAAGCUCCAAGAUAAGACUCUGAAGGAGUCCCGCUGAACCAGCGGAUAAAACAUUUUUAUGCUUAAUGUAACAUUGACACAAGCACUUUAUUUUGGAAACCAUUUGGAGGUACAUCCUAAAGUUGAUCGGCUGAAGUUGAUCAGAUGGAUCUGAUCUGGAAAUUCCUGAUUGCAACAUUGAGUAAUAUAUUUUAGAGCCAGAAAUGUCAUUGUA